AUGCCAAUAAGCAACAUAGAAGAAAAUUUGAAAUUAGCAUGGAACAGACUAAUCGAAUUUAAUAGGAAGGAGAGAACAACAGAAGAGAGUACAACAGAAGAGAAUACAACGAAAGCAGAAGAGUCAAGCAAAAUUGUAAUUUUUAGUGACGUAUCGCUUGAAAGAUACCGAAAGUUUCGUGGGGAAGGGGAACUGAAAAGGUUUAACCUCUAUGUCUGUUUAGUUAGAGGAGAAGUAAUCAUAUACGAAAUGCCUAGUCCAGCCCAUGCAUUGGUAGCAGCAAGAUUGUCUUACCUGUUGCUACUUUGGAGCAACAGUCAUCUUAUAGUUUAUAGUGGGUUGGACAUUACCGUUG